AUCGGUUCGGUGUAGUUUGUGAAAUUUCGCUGCACUCGAAAGUUGCAUUUCUCCGAGAUGCAGUUACUGCUCCCCAUCCUAGUGCUACUUGCCAUCUGCGGUAUAGCUCUCAGUAGGGUCAAGGAAGUGCACAAUGUGCUUGAACUGACUGGUCAGAGGGCCAGCAGACUGAGGUUCUCCACGGAUGUGGCCAAGGGAAAGUACACUCCGCCGGAGGAGAUGGAUCCCCAAUUCUGGUACAAUAUCGCCGACGAGGAGAUCGCUAAGAGGCUGCAGCUACCACAGCUUAGUACCAAGAAGGCCAAGAACGUCAUAAUGUUCCUCGGGGAUGGUAUGCCAAUCUCCUCGGUCACAGCUGCUCGGAUCCUAAAAGGACAGCGCCAGAACAAGACCGGUGAGGAGUCGUUGCUGAGCUUUGAGAGCUUCCCCUAUUCCGGAUUAAGCAGAACGUACUGCUCCAACGCUCAGGUACCCGACUCCGCCUGCACUGCCACCGCUUAUCUGUGCGGCGUCAAAACCAACAUCAUUAACCUCGGAGUAAGUGCGGCAGUAAACUUUAAUAACUGCACCGCCAGCCAGGAUCCAGCGAACCGUCUGACCUCCAUUGCGGAAUGGUCCCAGAAUGCCGGAAAAUCCACUGGCAUCGUGACCACCACCACACUGACCCACGCCAGUCCCUCGGGAGCCUACGCCAAGUCGGCCAACCGCAUGUGGGAGUGCGAUACGGAUGUGACCAACUAUGGUGUGGAUGCCAGCACCUGCAUCGACAUGGCCACCCAACUGGUGACCCAGACGCCUGGCAAGAACUUCGAGGUCAUGUUCGGCGGCGGAAUGGGCAAGUUCUUGCCCAAGACCAUCAAGGACAGUCACGGAAAGGCUGGAGAGCGAUCCGAUGGGGUGAAUCUUUUGUCCCGUUGGCAAGGGCUACACGAUAAAGGUGUCAUGGUCACCAAUCGCAAGCAGCUGCUCAACCUAGACGUCUCAUCUGCGUCCAGCAUUAUUGGUGUCUUUCAGUCGGGUUUGAUGGACCUCCAUAUGGAUGCGGAUGCCACCUACCAGCCCACUCUCUCCGAACUCACCGAGGUGGCCAUCAAGAAGCUGAGCCAAAACGAAAACGGAUACUUUGUGUUCAUUGAAGGUGGACUUAUCGAUAUUGCCAACCACUAUACACAAGCUGGUUACGCUCUGGAUGAGCUUCUGGAGUUUGAGAAGGCCAUUCAGUUGGCCAGAGACAUCACUGACGUCGAGGACACGCUGAUUGUGGUGACCGCCGAUCAUGGGCAUGCGGUCUCCAUCGCCGGUUAUCCUGGCAGGGGUACACCCAUUCUUGGCGUUAAUCAUCACGACGCAGAUAUUAAUGGUGUGAAGUACUCGGUGCUUAAUUAUGCGGCUGGACCCAAUCAGUAUCUGGAUGAGAGUGGCCAGCGCAUUCCUUUGGAGGAUAUCCUCGGCCCUGACAAUGCCAUCACGCCCAGCUAUAUCCCCACAGAGAUAGGAGUUCACUCCGGUGAGGACGUGGGUAUUUGGGCGUCCGGUCCACAAAGCCACCUAUUUACCGGAGUGAUGCAGCAGCAUACCAUUCCCCACCUAAUGGCCUACGCCUCAUGCGUUGGCAGCGGAAAGAAGGUGUGCGGUAACUAACUAUGGAGGAACUGAACUUUAGAAUUUAAGAAACCAAAUUAAGGAUAAUAAAGUGAGAUGCUCUUUAUAAUAACGUGAA